UCUUCCACUUCUCUGUAUCGAGCUUACUUCAUAAAAACUUGAUCUCACCACCAAUAUACCUGGUACAUCAGGGCGAAAAAGGAAAGAAAAUGUCGCUCGAAGCCCGCUUGCAAGCCGCCUCUGCAGAGUACCAGAAGCUGCAGAUCGAUUAUUCGAAUGCGGUCGAAGCGCGACAGAAGCUCGAUGCUCAGCUUUCGGAGAACGAGUUGGUGAAGAAGGAAUUCUUGACCCUCACGCCGGAAAACACGGUGUUCAAGCUCGUCGGGCCUGUGCUCGUGAAGCAGGACCAGAACGAGGCGAAACAGAACGUGAAUACGCGGUUGGAGUUUAUUCAGGGGGAGAUUAAGCGAAUUGAAGCACAGUUGAAAACGCUAGGCGAGAAAAACGAAGCGAAGAAGAUGGAGCUUGUGGACCUACAAACAGCACUCCAGCAACGACAACAAGAAACGAACCCGCCUGCUGUCGCGGCGAAGGCAUGAUUAUUCUCGCUGGACGCUCCCUAUCUCUCUGGAUCUGUUCACCGUGAUCCUUGUCUCGUCAAGCGAGUUCAUCCGUGGCAGGUAAAAAGGAGAAACAGGCUCGUAAGGUUGGGUGGUGACGAGGUAUAUGUAUAUGUGCGCUUUUUUUUACCCAGAGAAUCAUCCGUCCCCUCUUCCGACCGUCCGAGGCUGUAGUACAUAGAACUCCGGUGCGAAUAAGGCUGACGGAUAUCUCUUUCGAUCCG